UUUAUGAAUACCGGCCCAAGUGUUUUAUAUGUUCCAAUAUGUUUUAUUCAUUUAUUGACAUCUAAUAAUGGUAUAAAGUACAAAUCAGUAUAAAUCUUUCUCUUUCUUUAUAAUGUAGAAAUAACACAAAUAUUUAGGAUCGGAAAGGAUCAGAAGAAAACACGUCUUUUUAUUUUUUUCUACGUAACUUUGAGUGUAAAUCACUUAAUAUAUGUAUGCACAUACGUAUGUGACUAUACGAGAAUAUCUAUUGUGAUUGUUAGAUGAUGUCUCUCUUUUAAAAACUAAUUUAAAUCUCAUGAGAAACUUGAAUAACUCAGUCUCGAAUUUCGAGGAAUCAGGACUCCGUUUUUGAAAUAUGUGGAAACCCUUUGAGGCUGGCAGUUCACCGGUGGAUUGGUGUGAAGGCAAUUACAGUAUUUCACCCAGCAUCGCUGAAUUUAUGAAUACAUUCAGUAAUGUGGUCUUCCUGUUACUUCCACCUGUGCUCAUGCACUUAUUUAGAGACUAUGGUCGCUUUGUAAAUCCUGGGAUUCAUAUAAUUUGGUUCUUGUUGAUGAUAGUGGGACUCAGUAGCGCAUAUUUUCAUGCUACUUUGUCCUUGAUUGGACAACUCUUGGACGAAUUAGCUAUUUUGUGGGUAUACAUGGCAGGUUUUUGCAUGUUCUUUCCAAGAAGAUAUUUUCCAAAUAUCUUUCGCAAUGAUAGAAAGCUCUUCUCUAUAUGCGCAAUAUUACCAACUUUGAUUGCUACUGGCUUAGGCAUAAUACAUCCAGCUGUAAAUGCUUUCGCAUUGAUGAGUUUGGGUAUACCGGCGUUCGGAUUUCUGAUCAUAGAACUGAAGAGGACUACAUCGAUGAGAGUAUAUAGACUGGGGUUACGAUGCGGCGCGAUGUGGAUACUAUCGGUGACUUGUUGGUUAAACGAUCGUUUGUUCUGUGAUACAUGGCUAAAUCUUAAUUUUCCUUAUCUUCAUGCGCUAUGGCAUCUAUUCAUCUUUAUUGCAAGUUACACUGCGACAGUGCUUUUUGCAUAUUUUGCCGUACAAGAUGAAAAACCACAACAAUUGCCAGUACUUAAAUACUGGCCCAGAGAUGAUUUCGAACUCGGUAUACCAUACGUGACUAUUCGAAGUUAUAUGAAAUUGAACUACAAUUCGAACAUAUAGCUGUUCUUGUAACUGCUUUGAAAUCUAAUAUAAGACUAUAUAAUGCAUUAUUAUUACAAUAAGUGUUUGGAUUUCAUGCAGUAUUUAAGUAUACAUAUAUGUGAUUCUGCAACAUAUAUAAAGAUUUAUUUUUGAAAAAUACAUUGCAUCUCUUCCGUUUUAUAGAAUCAUUUGGGAAUGAAGCUAGGGAUUAAAUUCUACAUUAUAAAAAAAUGAAAAAAUAAACAUACAAAAAAUUAUUACAAGUGACAUUAAACACUUAAGAAAAAAGAGUUUAAUAAUAAUGUUAUAAUACAUUAAAAUAGCAUGACAUAUUUAAUUUGAAA